AUGGUGGAUUCCGUGCCGAAGUGUAGAAGACAUCAAUGAGUUCACUUUAUCUAUUGAUUAAAGCAAACCGUUUCUAUUAAAGUCUGAAGGUGGUCGGCUGGCUCCGUCUGCGAUGAAGGUGGUCAAUCUGAAGCAGGCCAUCCUGCAGGCGUGGAAGGAGCGCUGGAGCGACUACCAGUGGGCCAUCAACAUCAAGAGGAACUGCCCCAAGGGAGUCACAUGGGACUACCUCAACCUCGCAGAGGCUCUGAUGGAGCAGGCGAUGAUCGGGCCGUCCCCAAACCCUCUGAUCCUGUCGUACCUGAAGUACGCCAUCAGUUCACAGAUGGUGUCUUACUCCAGUGUACUCACAGCAAUGAGUAAGUUUGACGACUUCUCGCGUGAGCUGUGUGUGAAGUCUCUGCUGGAGAUCAUGGACAUGUUCUCCCAUCGCCUCAGCUGCCACGGGAAGGCGGAGGAGUGUAUCGGGCUGUGCCGCUCGCUGCUGUGUGUGGUGGUGUGGCUGCUGCAGGGCUGUGCCUUCUACUGCGAGCGGCUCCGGGAACAGCAGGUGGCGCCGGCGAGCCAGGGAGGCCCGGCGCCGUCUCCCUCUCCAGGCCCAGGCCCAGGGGCAGGAGCAGGAGCAGGGGCAGGGGCAGGAGCAGGAGCAGGAGUAGGGGCAGGGGCAGGAGUAGGGGCAGGGGCAGGGACAGGGGAGGCCAGCCUCAAGGCCUGCCAGGAACGCCUGGAGAGCCUCAUCAAGAGCACCAAGAACCGGGCACUCAUUUACAUCGCCAGGGUGGAGGAGCAGGCAUCGUGGACCAAUGUGGAGCAGGCGCUGGUCAAGCUAACGGAGAACCUGGGCAGCCUGACCAAUCACACGCUCCGAACCAAACUGGAGGAGAGUGCGGCGCUGGUCAAGAGUAUCCCCCAGAUGUUGUCGGUGCAGUCGCCCCCCCCCGUGCACACGUCCUUCCCCUCGGUGCACGCCUUCAUCAUGCUGGAGGGCACCAUGAACCUCACGGGGGACACGCAGCCCCUGGUGGAGCAGCUCAUGAUGAUCAAGAGGAUGCAGCGUAUUCCUGCACCGUUGUUUGUGCUGGAGAUCUGGAAGGCUUGUUUCACCGGCCUCAUUGAGUCUCCAGAGGGCACCGAGGAGCUCAAGUGGACCGCCUUCACCUUCCUCAAGAUUCCUCAAGUGCUGUUGCGACUGAAGAAAUACCCACAGAGUGACAAGCAGGACUUCAUGGAGGAUGUGAACACGGCCUUUGAGUAUCUGCUGAAGCUCACGCCGCUGCUGGACAAGGCUGACCAGAGAUGCAACUGUGACUGCCUGAGUCUGCUCCUACAGGAGUGCAAUAAGCUGGGCCUUCUGUCAGACUCCAACACUGCCAACCUCACUGCCAAACGGGAGUUUGCCCCACGUCUCAAAACAGCAGAGAACGCAAACAUCCAGCCCAACCCAGGACUCAUCCUCAGAGCAGAGCCCACAGUUACCAACAUACUCAAGACGGUGGAUGCGGACCACUCUAAGUCUCCAGAGGGGCUGCUGGGUGUUUUGGGUCACAUGCUGUCGGGGAAGAGUCUGGACCUCUUGCUGGCCGCUGCCGCCGCCACCGGCAAACUCAAGUCCUUCGCCCGCAAGUUCAUCAAGCUGAAUGAGUUCCCCAAGCAUAUGAGUGGAGAGGGAUCUAAAUCGGCGUCUGUGCGGGCCCUGUUGUUUGACAUCUCUUUCCUCAUGCUCUGCCACGUAGUGCAGACAUACGGCUCAGAGCUGAUUCUGUCGGACCCCAGUCCGUCGGGCGAGGUGCCCUUCUUCGAGACGUGGCUGCAGACGUGCAUGCCGGAGGAGGGCAAGCCGCUGAACCCCGACCACCCCUGCUUCAGACCCGAGUCCGGCAAGGUGGAGAGCCUAGUGGCACUGCUCAACUCCACCUCCGAGAUGAAGCUCGUUCAGAUGAAGUGGCAUGAGAUCUGUUUGAACACACCUGGAGCCAUCCUGGAGGUGCUGAAUGCCUGGGAGAAUGGAGUGCUAUCUGUGGAGAAUGUGCAGAAGAUCACGGACAACAUCAAGGGCAAGGUGUGCAGCAUGGCCAUCUGUGCGGUGGCCUGGCUAGUAGCCCACGUGCGCAUGCUGGGGCUGGACGAGAGGGAGAAGCCACAGACCAUGAUCCGCCAACUCAUGACCCCCAUGUACGGGGAGAACACACUGCAGUUCUACAAUGAACGGGUGGUGAUCAUGACGUCUAUAAUGGAGCACAUGUGCGCUGAUGUGUUCCAGCAGACGGGACUGUCACUGCGCCCCCCAGUGGAGGGGCAGGACACCAUCCCCUACCGCAACCUGCUGCCCCCCCGACAGCCCAUCCACGAGGCGCUGCAUAGCCAGUUCCGGGACGUGCUGAACAAGGGCUGGCUGGACAGCAGAGCGCUGCACCUCUUCGAGAACCUGCUCAACAUGGGAGGGGUGUUCUGGUUCACCAACAACCUGGUUAAGGAGCUGUUGAAGGAGACGCGUAAGGAGUGGGCACUGCGGGUGGUGGAGCUGCUCUAUGCCAUCUUCUGUCUGGACUCUCAGCAGAUCACCCUGACCCUGCUGGGCACCAUCCUGCCCAACCUCCUCACCGACCCCGCCCACUGGCACAGCCUCGCCGACCCGCCCGGCAAAGCCCUCGCCAAGUUGUCGGUGUGGUGUGCCCUCAGCGCCUACUCUUCCCACCACAAAGGCCAAGCCUCCGCUCGCCAGCGCAAGAGACAGCGAGAGGACAUUGAGGACUACAACAGCCUGUUCCCAUUGGACGACACACAGCCCUCUAAACUGAUGCGUCUACUGAGCUCCAAUGAAGAUGAGCCGGCAAUGCUGUCUAGCCCAGGUGAUCGGACCAUGAGCAGCUCUCUGUCGGCCUCCCAGCUGCACGCCGUCAACAUGAGAGACCCCCUCAACCGAGUACUGGCCAACCUGUUCCUGCUGGUGUCGUCGCUGCUGGCGUGCAAGACGGCGGGCCCACACACCCAGUUUGUGCAGAGCUUCAUGGAGGAGUGUGUGCAGUGCCUGGAGCAGGGCAGCCGCGGCAGCAUCCUGCAGUUCAUGCCCUUCACCAUGGUGUCUGAGCUGGUGAAGCUGCCCGCCCUGGCGAAGCCCAAAGUGGUCUUGUCCAUCUCCGACCUCACCCUUCCCCUGGGCCGCAGAGUAGCCGCCAAGGCCAUCUCUGCACUGUAGGACCUUCACACACUCACACACACACGCACACACACACACACACACACACUCUCUCUCACUCACACACGCACACGCACACACACAGACACACACACACACACACACUCUCCCUCUCACACACACACACACACACACACGCACCAACGCACACGCAAAUGUACACACACACACACACACAUACACUCCUACACUUGUUGUAGCUACACGUCAGAACAUAGACACACCAGAAUAUUGGCCCAGUAAAAACACAGAUUGCUUCACACACACACACACACGCACCAACACACACGCAAAUGUACACACACACACACACAUACACUCCUACACUUGUUGUAGCUACACGUCAGAACAUAGACACACCAGAAUAUUGGCCCAGUAAAAACACAGAUUGCUUCAUUUCACCCCCACACCCCCUCACCCACACACACACACACACACACAAACAGAUGCGUGCAAACACUCACAAAUAGAUACUCACACACCCAUAUACUCCUACACUUCUCGUUAACUACACGUCAGUGCCCUAACCCUAACCCUAACCCCCCCCCCCCCCCACACACACACACACACACACACAAACUUGGUAUCACAAACACGCACAUCUUUUAACUCAAGAUGUGUCAUCCAUCCAUCCAUCCACACACACACACACACACACGCACACGUUGUCUGGUCUUUGCCUCUGGCUCCACCACUCAUUCCCUCCUCCUGAAAAAAAAAGGACCCUUUGUGAUCCUCCGCCGCAGUGCAGCCUGCAGCACACACACACACACACACACACACACACACACACACGUUGUGUGUGUGGAGGAGACGGCGACAGACAAAGCGUAUCAUUGAGCUGUGCCCUUUCCUGCGGCGCCCCGGAGAUCAAGCAUGGCUACGCCACGCACUCGUCACAUGACAUGGCACGGAGCUCUCCAGCCUCACGCUGACUCAGCAUAUUUCCUCGCUCCCCCCCACGGAAGAACCAGUAUCCUCUACCAGCCUCACGCUGACUCAACAUAUUUCCUCGCUCCCCCCCACGGAAGAACCAGUAUCCUCUACCAGCCUCACGCUGACUCAGCGGAUUUCCUCGCUCCCCCCACGGAAGAACCAGUAUCCUCUACCAGCCUCACGCUGACUCAGCAUAUUUCCUCGCUCCCCCACGGAAGAACCAGUGUCCUCUACCAGCCUCACGCUGACUCAGCAUAUUUCUUGCUCCCAUUACUCCAGGACCAGUGUGAUGUAUCAGUGUGAUGGUGGCCAUCUUCUCUGAACACCAGUGCCCCCCCCCCCCCCCCCUCCACACACACACACAUACACACACCCCUAGUGCAGUGAUCCUAGCAGGUGCCUUUUGCAGCAGCACAUUGCUCUCCACCACUCUCCCCUGCACACACACACACGCGCACACACACACACACACACACACACAUGCACCUCUGGUGCAGCGAUCCUAGCAGGUGCCUUUUGCAGUAGCACAUUGCUCUCCACCACUCUCCCCUGCACUUCAAUUUUGUUUCACUCCCCACCAGGUUUCCAUGGAGACCGUCUCUCUGUUCUGAUCCUUGUUUACAGUUUCCACAGUGACUGGAAUGCUGUUGCCAUGUCAACACAAAGCCAACUCCCCCAUUCUCUGUUCUUUGAGGAGCGCCUCACAAAGGGCUCUUUUGGUGAGAGGUGCCGAUUGGAACGUCUGUGGACUUCACUGGUCAGCUCAGCCCCUGAUCCUGAAGUGUUAUCGUGAUUUGCCAAGUUAUCUCCUGAGUGUGUGUGCGUGUGUGUGUUUGUGUUUGCAUGUGUCUGUGAGUUAGUGAAUGCAUGCAUGUGUGUGGAGGGUGCAGGUGUGUAUGUGAACGUGUUUUGUGCGUGCGUGCGUGCGUGCGUGCGUGCGUGCGUGCGUGCGUGCGUGCGUGCGUGUGUGCGUGUGUGUGUGUGCUAGCUCAGCACAUCAUUGGGUUGAGCUGCAGGUGCAUCCUGGUGUCAUCGGGUUCAUGCAGGUGCAGAUGCCAUGCGGUUUGGGCCGCAACUGGGCCUAUACUGGGCCUAUACUGGGCCAGGUUCUGUUGACCCGCCGUCUCCUCGAGUGUGGGAAGGUAAACCCGGUCUGGAGGUGCCAUCCAGUCAUCACAUUGGUGCUUCCUGCGCGCGAGGCCUCCGGUGUUCUAAUUUUAGCCUGGGAGGAAAUAGACACUCACUGAUGAGCCCAUAGCUUCUGCACUUGUGCAACGCAAAGCGCCGCAGCCAUGACACAUGCAGCACACGGCUGCAACCGCUCGCCAUGGAGAAACUGUGUGUGUGUGUGUGUGUGUGUGUGUGUGUGUGUGUGUGUGUGUGUGUGUGUGUGUGUGUGUGUGUGUGUGUGUGUGUGUGUGUGUGUGUGUGUGUGUGUGUGUGUGUGAGUGUGUGUGUGUGUUUUGGGUUAGUGAUUAAUAUCCUGGCCCGUUGGUGUUUGGUACAGACUUCCAAUAACAGCUGCGAUCUAAAGCAACAAGCCACAAGCCACCACUCCUGAUGAGAGAACUGUGUGUGUGUGUUUGUGUGUGUGUGUGUGUAUGUGAGAGAGAGUGUCUGUGUGAGUGUGUGAGAGUGAGUGUCUGUGUGAGUGUGUUGGGACAUAGAGCAACAAGCUUCCACACCCUGAUGAGCAAAUGGAGUGAGAAUUGAGUUAUUUACCCACCACUCUGAUGACACAAUAGUAGUUAUUUUGGGUUUCUUGUCUGUUAAGCGCUUUGUGUAGCCAAUGUGCUGUAUAAAUAGCGUGACUUCACCUUUCCUUUCUUAACGUUAUUGUCCAUGACUUCUGGUAGCAUAGACCAUAUUUCUGUAUGGAAUUGGCUUUUUUAAAUGUAUCGUUUUUUAAAAAAUAAAUAAAUGGUCAUAAUG